UUCACUUUUAUAUUUGACAUGCUUCAGCAGUAGUUAGUCCAUCAGUCCAAUACAUGUCGCUAUUGCACUACGGUAGUGGGAAACAGGAAGUUCCGGGUAGCCUGCCACCAUUCUUCGGAAUAAAGAAAACGACAGAACAGUGUGGUGCGUUUCGCUUUAUUACUACAGGCCAACUCCGAUUAUGUCUGAGGCCGGUAACAUCAAAAGUGAGGACAAACCCAACCUACAGUCACUGGGUCCUGAUUGUGACAGUGGAGCCCAGUUUGCACUGCAGGAUCCAGAGAUGGCAUCAGUGAAGCUGGAAGACUGCAGUCAAACACUGGAGCUGAAUGUCAACAUUAAAGAUGAAGAAGAGGAGGAGAAGAUUGAGGAAUCUGUUUAUGAUGGAGACCAUGUUGAGACAUUCUCUACAUCCAGAGAGCAACAGCAGGAAGAUUACAGAGCUAAGAGGUCUCACCACUGCCCACAUUGUGAGGAGAUUUUCCCAAUUCUAUCAAAGCUAAAAAUACACCUACAAAUACAGACAGGGGAGAAACCGUAUUCCUGCACUGACUGUGGGAAGAGUUUCACAACAUCACAGGCUCUGACAGUUCAUCGGCGAGUGCACACUGGAGAAAAACCUUACUCCUGCUCUGACUGUGGGGAGAGUUUCUCUCAUCAGAGCAACUUAAAAGCACACCAACGUAUACAUACAGGAGAGAAGCCUUACUCCUGCUCUGACUGUGGGGAGAGUUUUUCUCAACAGAGCAGCUUAAAAACACACCAACGUAUGCACACAGGAGAGAAGCCUUACUCCUGCUCUGACUGUGGGAAGAGUUUCACCUCAUCAAGCAGCUUAAAAAAACACCAACAUGUGCACACAGGAGAGAAGCCUUACUCCUGCUCUGACUGUGGGGCGAUUUUCUCUCAACAGAGCAGCUUAAAGUCACACCAACUUAUACAUACAGGAGAGAAGCAUUACUACUGCUCUGACUGUGGAAAAUGUUUCACAAGAUCAGUUGAGCUGAGAGUUCAUCGGAGAACACACACAGGAGAGAAGCCUUACUGCUGCUCUGACUGUGGGAAGAGUUUCUCUCAACAGGGCCACUUAAAAUGUCACCAGCGAAUACACACAGGAGAGAAGCCUUACUACUGCUCUGACUGUGGGAUGAAUUUCUUUCAACAGAGCGGCUUAACGUCACACCAACGUAUACACACAGGAGACAAGCCUUAUGCGUGCUCUGACUGUGGGAAGAGUUUUUCAAAUCAGAGCAACUUAAAAACACACCAACGUAUACAUAAAGGAGAGAAGCCUUACUCCUGCUCUGACUGUGGGAAGUGCUUCACAACAUCAACUGAGCUAAAAGUUCAUCAAAGAAGACACACAGGAGAAAAGCCUUACUUCUGCUCUGACUGUGUGAAGAGUUUCACCCGAUUGGCUACCUUAAAAACACAUCGAUGUAUACAUAAAGGAGAGAAUUCACAUCACUUCUCUCAGACCAGCUAAGAUUAAAGUCACUCCAUCAAUUAAUCAUCAUCUCAUAAAAGAAGUGGCAACAGUGAAUUUGAUAACAUUAAGAAAGAGUAACACACUAUUGUAAUCCUAUUGUUUCUCUUUGUGAGGGAACUGUGAAGAGGAAAGAGUGCGUUAUAGGAUGAUGUCUUUGGAAAUUCUAUCCUUUUUUUAAUGCGCCAUUUGAACAUGUGUUGAUGGUGGGGUGGUGCUGGAGAUGAUGAAUAUGAAGUUGAAACAUUUUAGAAAUGUCCCUUUAACCUGUUGGGGCUAGGGGGCAGUAUUCUCACGGCUGGAUAAAAAACGUAGCCGAUUUAAACUGGUUACUACUCUUGCCCAGAAACGACAAUAUGC